UUGAGGGCGCAGAAUUACGAGCGUCGGGUCACAACAACAACUACCCGCUUGAACGUUUGGUAAUCUUCAUUUCAACAUUCAUCCCUCUCUCUCUCUUCUCUCUCUCUCUCUACACUCGCCGGAGUCACCGUCACCGUCGCCGUUGCCGGCAUGGACGAACGGAAACACCGCACCACUAGAACAACGUCUCUCAGGGACGACUCCGAGUCCUCCACUGGUAGCUGGGACGUUCUCGAAUGGACCAAGAUUGAGCCAAUUUCACAGUUCGCGUCGCAUGAGAAUCUCGAUUUCUUGCUCGAGGCGGAACAAGUUGUAGCCGAAGGACAUGGUGUUGUUCUUGUUAAUACUGAUGAUGCGGGCAUGUUGAUGGUAACAAAUUUUCGUCUUCUUUUUCUGAGUGAGGGAACUAGAAAAGUUAUUGCCCUUGGAACAAUACCACUAGCAACCAUUGAGAAGUUCAACAAGAUAGUUGUAAAAGUUCAGUCAAACACACGUCAAUUAGACAAGACACCAACUCAGAGACUGCUCCAGGUGAUUGGAAAAGAUAUGAGAAUUAUAGUCUUUGGUUUUAGGCCUCGUACAAAACAGAGACGUGUGAUAUUUGAUGCACUACUGAGGUGUACAAAGUCAACGAGAUUAUGGGAUCUCUAUGCUUUUGUAUCUGGACCUUCUAGGUUUAAGAACACUACUCCACAGGUGCGCUUAUUGGAUGAGUAUUUUCGACUUCUUGGCAAAGGUUCAUAUCAUGCAUCAACCAACAUGAUUGAAAGUGGGUCCUACACCUUGUCAAAUGACUUAUGGAGAAUAAGUAGUGUGAAUUCCAAUCAUUCAAUGUGCCAGACCUAUCCAUUUGCUUUGAUUUUUCCAAAGGUCAUUAGUGAUGAUGAAGUGCUCCAGGCUUGUAGCUUCCGUGCAAGAUCUCGACUACCUGUAAUUUCAUGGUGUCAUCCUGUUACUGGAGCAGUUCUUGCCCGCUCUUCCCAACCUUUAGUUGGUCUCAUGAUGAAUAUGAGGAGUAACAUGGAUGAAAAACUUGUGGCUGCACUUUGCAGUAAACUUGAUGAUGGCUCACGGAGAAAGCUAUAUAUUGCUGAUGCAAGACCAAGGAAAAAUGCAUUAGCUAAUGGAGCCAUGGGAGGUGGUUCGGAAUCAUCAUCAAACUAUUUUCAAUCUGAGGUAGUCUUUUUUGGGAUAGACAACAUCCAUGCAAUGAGAGAGAGCUUUGUUCGGCUCCGAGAAUACAUGGACACUCAUGGCAGAGCGUCAUCAGAUGGAAUGUUAUCUUUUUUGAGACAUGGUGGGUCGACAUGGGGAGGUGGCAAUUUAAGUAGUAUGUCUGCUUCAGUAUCAACCCUUGGGGACAGUGGAUGGCUAUUGCAUGUUCAGAAUGUCUUGGCCGGUGCAGCUUGGAUUGCAGCUCGUGUUCAUAUGGAAAAGGCUUCUGUUCUUGUACAUUGCAGUGAUGGAUGGGAUAGGACAAGCCAGUUGGUUGCACUUGCUAAUUUGUUGCUUGAUCCAUAUUAUCGGACUUUGGCAGGGUUUCAGGCACUCGUUGAAAAAGACUGGCUAGCAUUUGGUCAUCCAUUUUCCGAUCGUGUGGGAAUACCUUGUACCUCUGGAAGUGGUAACACACCUUUUGAGUUACCUAGGCAGCCUUCUGCUGGAAAUUUCCCAUCAUCGCCGAUGCGCCCGUCAUCAGGAGCAUUCUCUUCUCAACCUCCAACCUCAUCUCAUGCACAUACCUCAAAUAAUUACUCUCCCAUUUUUUUGCAGUGGGUUGAUUGUGUUUCACAAUUGUUGCGGAUGUAUCCUUUUGCUUUUGAGUUUUCAGCGGCUUUCCUGGUGGACUUCUUAGACUGCAUGCUUUCUUGUCGCUUUGGAAACUUCUUCUUUAAUAGUGAGAAGGAGAGACUGCAAUACAGUGUUUAUGAAACAUGUGGAUGUUUGUGGGUUUACUUGGCUGAUUUGCGGGCAUCAGACGGAGGUUCCCACGUGCAUUAUAAUCCUUUUUAUGAUCCGUUGAGGAACAACGGUCCCCUUCUGCCACCAGCAGCAGCGUUAGCCCCAACUUUGUGGCCCCAAUUCCACCUACGUUGGGCAUGCCCGGACGAAGUACAAGCUGGGGAGGUUGAAGCACAAUGUAGAAAGAUAAUCACGAAAUCCUCUGAGAUGCAGAAGGCUAAAGAAGUGGCAGAAAGGAAAGCUAAAGAAAUCACAAAUGCCAUGGAAUCAUUGAAUACAGAACUGCGUCGCGAGAAACUGCAAAACAGCUCAGCUUUGAACAUGGCCAAGAGAUUAAGCAAGGAAAAUAUGGCCAUAAAGCGCGCAGUUCAGUCAAUUGGGUGCAAGGUUCACUUCUCUGGUAACGGUGGUGACUGCAUUGUUGACAUUGAAAACAGCCCAGCCGAAGCAACAAACUUUUUGCAUUGCUCCUCUAGGCAAGAAUCAAAUAAUGCAUUGCUUGAUGACAAAAAGAAUCUAUCCGCUUCUCUAACAGUUACAGCAGAUAAUGUUGAUGAUGUUAAUGAUGAUGGAAGGAAUUCUAUUGGUCGAAUAUGCGAAACGCUAUGCCAAUUUCGCGCUGGAGAAGGAGGUUGUAGGUGGCCAGAAGGUGAGUGUGCUCAACUAUGUAGUCAAUUUGUUGGUGUGAAGGCAAAUUUUGAUGCGCUUGACCAACUUUCGAUUGAUGAUAGUUAUUUCAAUUGAGAGUAGAUAGGGACUUUAGUUCCCAAUAGACUCUGACAGUGAACAGUCACAUCAACCAAUUUUGGUUUUCUUUCUGCAAAUGAGAACACAAUAUUCUUUGAGAAGUCCUUUACGAUGAAAAUGGCGGACCCUGUAUUAUUGGGUCUCGGGAAUUGUACAGGCUAUGAGAGUUGGCUGGAUACUACCUUGGUGCGAAAUCUGUUUGGGAAUCUAGAAUAGUACUUGUAUGUACCCUGAGUUGGUUAUAUUGAUAUAACCAUCAUUGUGGUCGACAUCAUUAUAUGCAUGUAUAUAAAUUGUAAUUUUAGGGACAGUUAUAGUCGUUGAUUACAUUAGAAUUAUUCUUGAAUAAGAUCAAUUUUGUACAGAUGAUCAAGUUUUUAUAUUUUUGACAAUUUUUUAGGGAUCACUGUCCACCAAUAAUCAUUUGAUAGUAUAUUAAUGAAGACGAUCAGUCUUGGCAUGUACUUAUAUUUUUGUUUCAAUUUUCCCCAUUCACAAUGAAGACUCACUUUUAAUGCACGAUGUCAGCUGGUCAUCGAAGGUCACAAUAGAUAUACUAAAUCAUAAAGCUUGGUUUUCUACGCUUUUAGCCCCUUAUACAAAAAAAAAAACUGGGUAAGGUUGCUCCACCCUUGAUUACUUGCUAUCAUAAGCAAGGUCACCAUUUUUUUAAUUUAAAAAUUUA